AUCAUUAGAUUUGUUUUGAAAUAUUGAAUGUCACCAAAAUGGGAUUUCGUCCUCAAAAGCUCCGAGUGAAUCUCAAACUCUCCAUAAACCGCCUAAAACUAUUGGAAAAGAAAAAGACUGAAAUGGCAUUAAAGUCGAGAAAGGAAAUUGCCGAUUAUCUAUCACAAAACAAAGAUGACAGAGCCAGAAUCCGAGUGGAACAUAUCAUUCGCGAAGACUAUCUUGUGGAAGCAAUGGAGUUGUUAGAACUUUACUGUGAUCUUCUCCUUGCUAGAUUUGGUCUCAUUGAAACUAUGAAAUACUGUGAGGAUGGAUUGGUUGAACCUGUUUCAACAUUGAUUUGGGUCGCUCCUCGUCUUCAAAGUGAUGUACAAGAACUUAAACUGGUUGCUGAUCAGUUGUCUCAGAAAUAUGGUAAACAAUUUGCAGAAGAAUCAGCAAGAAAUACAAAUAAAACUGUGAAUGAGAAAUUGAUAACCAAACUAAGUCCUAAUGCACCACCAAAAUCCCUUGUGGAACGCUAUCUUGUUGAGAUAGCAAAGAACUACAAUGUACCUUAUGAACCAGAUGAAUCUGCUUUGGGAGAGCUUUCUAGUAGUGAAAAAGAGAGUGAAAAUUCAAAUAAUUUCAACAGUAACAGUGGGUUUGGUGGCCCAUCUGGCCCAAGUGGUGGAGGCAGGGUGGUCCUAUUGGCUUUGAACGUUAUGAAGAACCUGGAUCUACUAUUUCUCAUCAAAUGCCUUCUGUGCCCGGUGCAAACACAUCCCUUGCCUAUCCUCCACAACAGGUUAACCAAUUUCCACAACCUGGAACUUUGCCAUAUCCACCAUCAAAUGAGAAACUUGACCCGGGGAUUGGAUUUCGUCCAACAAAUGACAAUACACCUCCUCCUUCCAUCAAAAAUACGCCUCCAACAAACUAUCAACCCCCAAGUGCCCCUGGAUCAGGUACAAAUGUGUACACUCUGCCCAAUGUCCCUGACCUUCCUGAUGUUCCCACUGGAUCCUUACCUGGUACUUCAAGCACAAUUGGUGGCUCAAGUAGUAAUGAUGAUCUUGACUUUGAUGACCUUAACAGAAGAUUUGAAGAACUAAAAAAAAAGAAAUAAGCUUACAAGAGUUUGUAAAUAGUUCUGUUAGUAUACGACACAAUAUAAUAUCUACACUAAAAACAAAAUAUUGAGAAUUAGAUUAAUUUUUCUCAUAAUAAUUCAUAAUAUACUCACUGUCGUACUUAUCAAUAUUUGAAUGUAUUAAAAUUUGUUAGAAGGUAAGAUAUUAGAAGAUUUUUGAAGUGUCA